ACUAAAAGGUUGGAACAAUCAGCCCUUUAAUGUAAAAGUGUGAAUACAAGCAACUCGAACAAAACUUUUAUCUCACUUUGACAUAUUGCACCACGUAGCAAUGCAGCUAAAGAGAACAGACCACAGAUUUUCGAGUUUAAAAACGAACAAAAGUAGGAGCAAUAGCGUAGAAUCACUUAAAGCAAAGUGCUUUCAGCCAAAUAUUGAAACUGAAACUGAACGAACAAAAGUGAGAAAAGAGAGAUAGGUAUAGACAGUAAAUGAUGUGUGUAGUGAAGAUCACAAAGGAAUCUUUUGUCUGCAAAGAUAAAGUAACGUGCUGACCGCAGAUGCCGCAGACACAAAGCAACGUAGAGUUAAUAAAACGUAUGUAGUGUGUGACACGUAAAAAUCGUAGAAAUUUAUAAAAGCAAGCACAAUCUCAAAUUGCACUUGCAACCUGCUCAAUUCGAAAAACUUGUUGAUUCGAAAGACAUCGUUAUUUUGAUAUUUGUCAGAAAACGAGAAGCGUAACAAAGUUACAACAAAAGUUAUACGUUAAAGAUUCAACAUGGAACAAAAGCAUCGCGAUAUAAUAGACAUUUACAGUGACAAGAUUGUACAAAGAAUAGAUAUGUUAAAACUGUUUCCAAAGUUAUUGGAACACCGGAUUUACAACCCGGAUGACGUAAAUAUUCCAAAAUGGAUAGGGAAUCUUACUGCUCAAGGUACAGCCAAAGAUAUAUUUUUAAGAAUAAAGACAAGAGGACCAAAAGCUUUUGAACGUCUAUUAUUGAGUUUGAGGCAAAUUGGUGAUGAAGAUGUAGCUGAUAUAUUGGAUGGGAAAAUUCAGCAGAAAAGCAAUAACGAUAGAAAUGACAGAGUUCAACAUUUGAAAGAAGAAAAUCCUCCUCAGGAAUAUUUUUUUUAUCGAGACAUUCAACAAUCUGAUGAACCCUUAAAAAUUAAAUUACGCAAAGCUACAGAAUUUUUAGAUAAUUGUGACUCUGAUAUCAUUUCACGAUAUCCCAUGCGGAGCAAUCCUCGUGGAUUAGUGUUAUUAAUUACCAAUAUUGAUUACAAAUGGUCAAAAGAGGAACAUUCUAGACUUUCAGCACAACAUGAUGAAGAGAAUCUAAAGGAAUUAUUUGAAAAAAUGGGUUUUCAAGUUAUUUCAAAGCAAAAUUUGACAGGAAAAGUUAUAAAAGAUGUAGUGAGAGAGUUUUCGAAAAGAAGUGAUCUAAGCAAUGUUGAUUCAUGUUUUGUGAUCAUAAGUAGUCAUGGGACACAGAAUAAAGAACAUCAUUCCGAAAUACAAGGAGUAGAUUAUGGAAAAGAAGAUUCCGAAGGAGUUGUAUGCAAUGAUAUCUUGGAGUAUUUCAGUGUGGAUGCAUGUCCACAAAUGGCAAAUAAACCCAAAAUUUUCAUUUUUCAACUUUGUAGAGGAUACAGGGAACAGAAUGCUAUACAUCAUGAAAGACUUGUUACAGAUACAUAUGCUGUCUUUCAUAAAGAUGAAGAGGUCAAAUCCGAUGAUAAAAUCGUAUCUGAUAAAUUCUUGAUCAGAAAUUAUGCAGAUAUGCUUAUAGUUCACUCUACUUUACCUGGACACGUCGCUUAUAGAGACACUACAACUGGCAGCUGGUUUAUACAAAUUCUUUGCAGCGUAUUCAUGACUCUCGCCUACAAACAUCAUGUUCAAGAUUUAUUCAGUAUUAUUGAUUCAGAAUUGCAACAUCUAAGGACAAGGAAGGAUAACUGCCAGACUUCAUCUGUGAAAUCAAUUGGAUUUAACAGACAUUGUUAUCUUAAUCCUGGUUAUUUUCCAAACUAAAACAAGCAAAAAGAAAAUACACGUUAUUAGUAGUCAAAACCAGUCAUAAAAAAAUAUACAAAGUGUUCAUGAAAUACUUUGAUAAACUUCUAGGUCACAUUCCUCUUGUCAAAAUAUUUUAAAUAAUUUUACAUAAAUUUAUAAUAAAAUAUGAAUGCGAAGUUAUAGUAAAACCACAUUAUGCUAACAUUACUAUUAAAUAAUUGUAAAUAAAAUAAUAUAAAUAUAAUAUUAAAUAAAAAUUUAAAUUGUAA